AUGAAACUGUUUGACCAUGCGACCAGCAUCGUCGCCAGUGCGCACAUCGCGAUCACCAUCCUCAUGCUCUCCGUUCACGUUGCGCUUCCAGCCGUUUACGGCGGUAGCGACAAACCUCCUAUUCCCUGCAGCCAAGUCGGAUGGGGAUCGCCGGACACAGAUGGCAUUAGCAACACUCGCUUUAGUGCCUCGAGCGACUUUCUAGCGCAGAAACACCGAUCCCGGACUGUUGCAAGAUUUCCAUUCUCAGCACACCUUUUUCGUUGCUCCGGUUACAAGACUAGUCAUCCCCUAGCCGAUCAUGCAUCACUGCGCAGAAUCUUCGCACACUGUUAA